AGUAGACUUCCUUUGCUGAUGUAAUGCGUCACUGAGGUGUCUCACGUUUUGUAGCUAAACUAUACAGCAAAACUGGAUUUUAAAGGCGUUCAGAGCAAAUUGGUGAAAUACGCAGUAACGUUUACAAGGACGUAGAUUGACAGCUUUCUUCGAUCAUGUCUCGAUUCUUUGCCACCGGGUCUGACAGUGAGUCAGAGGAGUCCUCGUCUGCUGAUGAGAUCGCCCCUAAAGCACCCGGCACUACUUUCAAACAGUCGUUACUUAUCAGUGACGAUGAGGAAGAUACCAAGAGAGUGGUGCGCAGCGCCAAAGACAAAAGGUUUGAAGAGUUGACUAACCUCAUCAAGACUAUCCGCAAUGCUAUGAAAAUCCGUGACAUGGCCAAAUGUUUGGAAGAGUUUGAGCAGUUAUGUCGAGCCUUUCUCAAGAGCAAGAACAUUGUGGACAAAGAAGGUGUUCCGCCUUUCUAUAUUCGUCUUUUGGCUGAUCUGGAGGAUUAUUUGAACCAGCUUUGGGAAGACAAAGAGGGAAAGAAGAAGAUGAACAAAAACAACGCAAAAGCCCUCAGCACCCUGCGUCAGAAAAUCCGCAAGUACAACAGAGACUAUGAAACAGAAAUUGCUGCUUACAAGGAGAACCCACAGGAGUCUGCAGACGAAGAAGAGGAGAAAGAGCCAGAAGAUUCCGGCUCGUCUUCUGAGAGUGAAGGUGAGACAGGCGAUGACGGCAUGUCGGUGAAAGCUUUCUUGAAGAAGAAGCCUGCAGUUGAGCCUGUCCCAGAUGCCAGCAAGUUCCUCAAAUCUGCAAAAGGAUCUGGUGAUGAGUCGUCGCCCAGCAACGAAGACGAUGAUGAAGACUGGGGCUCGGACACUGUGGACAGCGGCAGUGAGAGCUCUGACGAAGGAGAGGAGAAGAAUUAUUCUUUGAAUGCUUUCCUCAAGAAAACCCAUGAGACUGAAAAGGUCAGCGACAAGAGGCUCGGAAAGAAGAGAAAACCCAAGAAGAAAGAGCGGCUGGAAGAGGAGGCUGAGGAGGAAGGAGAGGAGGUUGAAGGAGGAUGGGAAAAGGUGAAGGGAGGUGUGCCUCUAGUCAAGGAGAAGCCCAAGAUGUUUGCCAAAGGCACGGAGAUCAACACUGCUGUUGUGGUGAAGAAGCUGAAUGAGAUCCUGCAGGCGAGAGGCAAAAAGGGCACCGACAGAGCCGCGCAAAUAGAACUGCUUCAUGCCCUGGCAGGCAUCUCCAAUGAGAAUAACUUGGGCCAAGGUAUCCUGGUUAAGAUAAAGUUCAAUAUCAUCGCAUCUCUCUAUGACUACAACCCCAACUUGGCAGCCUUCAUGAAGCCGGACAUGUGGAAGAAGUGUCUGGACUGCAUUGAUGAGCUCCUGGACAUCCUCUUUGAGAACAACAACAUCUUCAUUGGGGAGAACAUUGCAGAGGACAGUGAGAACCUGGGCAUUUCAGAUCAGCCAUUCAGGGUGCGAGGGUGUAUCUUAACACUAGUGGAGAGGAUGGAUGAAGAGUUUACCAAGAUCAUGCAGAACACUGAUCCUCACUCUCAAGAAUACGUUGACAAUUUGAAGGAUGAAGGCCGUGUUUGCGGCAUCGUUGACCGGCUGCUCGAUUACUUGGAGAAUAAGGGAAGCACGGAGGAGAUUUGUCGCAUCUAUCUGCGCAGAAUUAUGCACACUUACUACAAAUUUGACUAUAAGGCACAUCGGCGCAGCCUGGGCCUCCAGGGAGAAACUAAGUCUGAGCAGGACCAGGAGGAGAGUGAGGGGGAGGACAGUGCUGUGAUCAUGGACCAUCUGUGCAAGUUCAUCUACGCCAAAGAUCGCACUGACCGAAUCCGCACCUGCGCCAUCCUUUGCCACAUCUAUCACCACGCUUUGCAUUCACGCUGGUACCAGGCCCGGGACCUGAUGCUGAUGAGCCACCUCCAGGACAACAUUCAGCAUGCCGACCCACCUGUUCAGAUUCUGUAUAACAGAACGAUGGUCCAAUUGGGCAUCUGUGCUUUCCGACAAGGCAUGAUUAAAGAUGCCCACAAUGCUUUGCUGGACAUCCAGUCCUCUGGCCGUGCAAAGGAGCUCUUGGGUCAGGGUUUGCUGAUGAGGAACAUGCAGGAGAGGAAUGCCGAGCAGGAGAAAAUAGAAAAACGGAGACAAGUGCCGUUCCACAUGCACAUCAACCUGGAGCUACUGGAGUGUGUGUACUUGGUGUCGGCCAUGCUGCUGGAAAUCCCCUACAUGGCUGCCCAUGAGUUUGAUGCCCGUCGCAGGAUGAUCAGCAAGCAGUUCCAUCACCAGCUCAGAGUAGGAGAGAGACAACCCCUGCUGGGACCCCCAGAGAGCAUGAGGGAGCACGUGGUGGCAGCCAGCAAGGCCAUGAAUGGCGAUUGUCGCACCUGCCACUCCUUCAUAAUCAAUGAGAAAAUGAACAGUAAGGUUUGGGACCUGUUUCCUGAGACACAGCGAGUACGCGAGAUGCUCGUCAGGAAGAUCCAAGAGGAGUCACUGAGGACUUACCUGUUCACAUACAGCAGUGUGUACGACUCCAUAAGCAUGGAGAUUUUAUCCGAGAUGUUUGAGUUGGAGAUAUCUACAGUCCACAGCAUCAUCAGUAAGAUGAUCAUCAAUGAAGAGCUGAUGGCGUCUCUUGAUCAGCCCACACAGACGGUGGUGAUGCACCGCACAGAGCCCACCUCCCUGCAGAACAUGGCCCUGCAGCUGGCUGAGAAACUGGGCAGCCUAGUGGAGAACAACGAGCGCUUUGACCUCAAGACGGGCGUCUACGGCGGCUACUUCAAUAGAGAUCAAAAAAGGUGGAUACCAACAAAAACAAGGGUACCAGAGAGACCAGAAAGGAGUUUACCAGCAGAAACAGACGGGAUACCAGCGAGGCGGCUACAGAAAUCAAAACCAAGGCAACUACUGAGUGGGUGCAGAUAUCAAAAAAAAUAUUUUCACCAUAAAGUUUGCAGUGAAGUUGUUCUGCUGCUCCUCAAUUUCAGGUUAUUGUUAGAAAAUUCAUAAAGUCACUGCAGUGUGGGGAAUUGUUUCAAAUUAAAUAAAGAAUAUUACACAGUG